CGGAGCCUCUGCCCGCAGGCAGCGGCUCCUCGGCGGCGGCUAAUAACAACAUUACGAAGAUUAGCUGCAACUUCUCUCCACUUCUCUAACCUUAUCGAUCUGAUAAUUUAUCGUGCUUUCUUCCUACUUUUCUUUUUUUUUGGUAGAAAGAUAACCUCUUUUUGUAAACUAAAGAAUGGGGCGACGGGGGGGGGGGGAUCCGAGGCGUUUCUCUCUCUCUUUCCCCCCCCCUCGUUUUUUAAAUCCCCUAGUUAGAGGCAGCGUGCAAAUUAAAAGCAACCUUUAGGAGAAAAUCCAGGUUUCCGUACAUCUGCCUCACUGGCAGAAAGAGCGCGACCCGAGUUGCCGCUGGGGCGGUGGCGGGCAGAGGCAGGCAGUGCCCGUGUGUGUGUGGUGAGGCGGGUCAGGCGCCGCCGCGGGCGGGGACGGCGGGCUUGCGGGACGGACGGCAGCGGGAGCGGGCCAGCCUUGCUCCUCGGUAACGCUAGCGGCGGCAGAAGACGACCGGCUGCAGGGGACCAUCUUGCCGCUGCUCCUCUGGCGGCGUUUCCGUGUGGCGGAGGGGCUGGCUGGGUGGGGAGGACGGAGGCAGGCUGCAGCUUGCUGCACAGGGCUCUAUUUACAUACACAAAUAGCUGCGUGUGGAGAGUUUCUCCUGCCGGCUCGGUGGCGGCGGGUCCUGCGAGCUGCCUGGAGAAUCCGGAGCCGGAGCUCUCCCGAGCCGGGGGAGGGGGAAGAGGAGAGCCGAGGCAGGGCAUGAGUUUUAGCGCAAAAAGCGGCGCUUUGCUGAGCUCCCGGGCAGCGCGGUGCUGGUGGCGGCAGCAGCCGUCCUGCGCCGCGGCGGGUCCCGCCUGGUCUUACUUCGGUGGCAGCCGGCCGCGGCCCAUCCUGGACAUGUCCUACUCCCGUCACUUUCUGGAUUUCCAGGGCUCGUCCAUCCCCAGCUCCAUGAAGAAGCUGGUGGUGACUAAGCUGAGCCAAAACUUCAGGGAGGCGGUUACCCUGCGGCAGGACUCGCCGGUGCCACUCCCAGGAGACGGAGACCUCCUUGUCAGGAACAGAUUUGUCGGCAUUAAUGCAUCUGACAUAAACUACUCAGCUGGUCGAUAUGACACAUCAGUUAAACCCCCGUUUGAUAUAGGUUUUGAAGGUGUUGGUGAUGUGGUAGCAUUAGGACUCAGUGCUAGUGCUGAUUUUACAGUGGGUCAAGCUGUGGCCUAUGUGAAAGCAGGUUCUUUUGCUGAAUACACAGUUGUGCCUGCCAAACAAGCGGUACCUCUACCCUCUGUGAAACCUGAGUUUCUUACUUUAAUGGUAAGUGGCACUACUGCAUACAUCAGUUUGAAAGAGCUGGGAGACCUGUCUGAAGGCAAGAAGGUUCUGGUGACAGCAGCGGCUGGAGGAACGGGCCAGUUCGCUGUGCAGCUUGCAAAGAAGGCAAAAUGCCAUGUAAUUGGAACCUGCUCCAGUGAUGAAAAGGGUGGUUUUCUGAAAUCCAUUGGCUGUGACCAUACGAUCAACUAUAAAACUGAAAAUGUUGAAUCUGUUCUUAGGAAGGACUACCCUGAAGGUAUGGAUGUAGUAUAUGAAUCUGUUGGGGGAAAGAUGUUUGACUUGGCUCUUAACUCCUUGGCUACCAAAGGGCGUCUGAUAGUUAUUGGGUUUAUCGCUGGCUACCAAAACCCUACUGGCCUCCAGCCCAUUAAAGCAGAGUUACUGCCAGCAAAACUGUUGAAGAAGUCCGCCAGCAUCCGGGGUUUCUUCUUGAACCAUUACCUUUCUGAAUACAAAAUGGCUCUGCAGCACUUGCUCAAGAUGUAUGAAAGAGGAGACCUGGUUUGUGAGGUGGAUUUUGGAGACCUGUCUCCGGAGGGCAAGUUCACUGGCUUGGAGUCUGUAUUCCGUGCUGUAGAUUACAUGUACAUGGGGAAAAACAUUGGAAAAAUUGUAGUUGAAUUACCUCACUCUGUCAACAGUAAGCUGUAAAAACAGAACAAUGAUAUAAAUCAGAAGAGAGAAAAUGGGCACUUUAUGCCACAGAAUUACUAGAAACAAUUUCUUUUUUUAAAGCUUAGUAAUGGAUAUUAUGUUAAAAAACAGCAUCAAGGUGUUACUAAAAGUUUUUGUGUGAUUUUUUUUUUUUAAUUUUCUUAAAAGUGCUUAAAUCGGUGGCUGUAGCACAGACUUAAUGGACCUGUGUUUGAUUCUGUCGCUUAGGCUAGUGUGAGACAAGAACAUUGUUCUUGACAGAAUAAGCCUUGAUGCAAAAGCAGAUUUAGUCUGUCAGACUGGUUUGAUAAGACUUUAUAUGUAGUUCAGCUCAGAUAAAAAAUAUUAUUUCAGCAAUAUUGAUUCCCCGAUUUAAAAAUAAAAUUGUUAGAACAAGACUAAGUAAAGAGUUGUAUCUUGCAGUUGUUGUAUUAAUCGCUUGAAGUUUCUGGAAAAAAUUAUGCUCUUGAUUUUUUUUGUCACAAACACGAUAAUCAUAAUUCAGUUGCAUCGUGGAUCAUAGUAAUAUUCCUUGACUGUUUACACAAGGAAAUUUAUCCUCCAAUUCUGACAUGUCAGUAAUAUUAAGAAAAGCAACUUGACUUUUUUUUUUAAUUAUGUCUUUCGUAAGUAUAAACAACUGCUCAAUUUUCUUUUAAAUCUUUCACUGCAAGUUGCAACAUAAUCUCAUUUUCUUGCCUUUUCAUUUGCUACUGUUACUGUUUACUGUGGGGUCUCCUCUUUAGUCAGUGUUACAAGAUUAUUGGAGUGGGGUUUUGAGCCAUGUUCACCAGUGUUCAGGUCCUGUAUAUUUUUUUUAAGAUUUAAUAAAGUUAAAAAAGUGAUUUCAA